CCAUCAAUAAAACUUAAUUCUCAACAGCCUUGCACUGAGAAACUUCAAUUGGUUCAGCGAAACGGGGGUGAUGCACUCAAAGUGGCUGUCUCACUCCUUGGUGACACCAUCAUAAUCACUGAGGUCACCAUGAAAUAUCCAAAAGCACCAGGUGGCGUGUUCAGAUCGGUAUCACAGCCUGACGUCCAGUGGAAAUUGCAACAGUUACAGGAUACUGCUAAUUAUUGCGUGCAAGCCCUCACAACCACUGUUAAGCGAAUUCCAUUUCAAUGUCGUAAAAGUAAAACUUUCGAAUUGAAGGUGACAAAUCUGAUCGGUCAAGCACGUUCCUCGUUAUGUAUUCCUCAUAAACGGACUCUACUCGAACUGUGCAACUUCCCGUCAACUCGAUGCUUUAAUCCUCCCCUACCAAAUGACCUUGUUUUCUCGUAUUACAUUGCUUCGACUCGAAUCGUUUGUGCUGCAUACCUAAUGACUUCUAAACCUAACGGUUCGUUCAUCCCUAUAUACAUUCCAUUUUUACAAGCAUUGUCUAUGCAACUUUUCAAUUUUUUUGCAAUGAAUCCGAUGAUUUCGUUAUAA